AUGACGGAUAAUGAAUCUUUAAAAUCAUCAAUAUCGAAUCGUUCAACAUCGUUUAUUAGAAAUACUUCAACUAAACCACGUACAGAUUCAUUCAUAUUUCCUAAUGGUGAUCGAUAUGAUGGUGAAUAUACUGUUACUGAAGAAGCACAAAUAAUGCGUCAUGGUCAGGGCAAACAUACAAGUGCUGAUCAACAACUUAUUUAUGAAGGUACAUGGAAAAAUGAUAAAAUGCAUGGAACAGGACGAUUAAUAUAUGGAAAUGGAACAUCAUAUGAUGGAGAAUUUCAAUCAAAUUAUUUUGAAGGUUUGGGUACAUAUGCAUGGCCAGACGGAGGACAAUAUACAGGUUUAUGGAAAGGUUCCAAACCCAUAGGUAAAGCAGAAUAUACAGGACCUAAAUUAGGCGUACCAUUUGUUGGUAUAGCUAAUGGACAACAAACACAUAUGCGAUAUAAAGUGUCUUCUUUGUAA